AUGCUGGCCCAAGAGCACUUGUUCGUCGGACGUCGAGGAGUCCCACAGACCGUCCAUUGCGACAACGCGACGAACUUCGUAGGAGCAAGUCACCAGUUCCUGGAGUUGCGAGCUCGAAUCGGGGAAGAGUUGGACGAAAUUCGUGAAUUCGCAUCAAAAAGCGGAUACGAAUUUGCGUUCAUACCGCCAAGAGCUCCACACUUCGGGGGUCUGUGGGAGCCAGUGGAAGCCGGCCCCAAUUCCAGGCCCCUGGGAGCAAUAAGCGAGGACCCAAGCGAUGGCGAUGCUCUAACGCCAGGCCACCUACUGGUGGGAGGCCCAUUGAGGGCUCUGCCAGCAGAGGGGACCCUGGACCAGCAGGGUCUCACCUGCUUGAAUCGAUAG